CCGGACACUAUUGAGUGGCCUAGUUAGCAGUCUGAAUGGCCUAGUUGACAGUCCCUUGCCGUUCCUCAUCUAUGUAUAUAAUUACACGCGAGCACAGUGAUUGAUUCUACACGUGCAUGUAUACCAUCAACAAUGGCAGCUAGCUUUGCAAUCCCUGAUUUGAUCGUCAAGAAAAGAAACGGACAUGCCCUCACCACAGAGGAAAUUAAAUAUUUUAUCCAAGAGGUGGUGAACGGUGGAAUACAACAAUGUCAGCUCGGUGCUAUGCUGAUGGCAAUGUACUUGAAAGGUCUGACAGACGAGGAGAUUGUGUGUUUGACCAGGGAAAUGAUGAAUUCAGGUGACGUGCUGGGACCCUGGCCGAAAGAAUGGAAGGGCAAGGUCGUGGAUAAACACAGCACAGGGGGCGUGGGAGACAAAGUCAGCCUCAUCCUAGCACCUGCUCUGGCAGCUUGUGGAAUGAAAGUUCCCAUGGUUUCGGGACGGGGCCUCGGCCAUACCGGAGGGACCCUAGACAAACUAGAAUCCAUUCCUGGAUUUACAGUCUCUGUGUCUAAUGAAAAGAUGGAGGAAAUACUGCAGGAGGUCGGCUGUUGCAUUGUGGGACAGACGAAACAGUUAGUUCCGGCUGACAAAGAAAUGUACAGAGUUCGUGACGUCACUGGGACAGUUGACAACCUUGGUCUUAUAGCAGGUUCCAUUAUCUCCAAAAAAGUUGCAGAGCAGCUGGACGCUCUUGUUUUGGACGUUAAAUUUGGUGUAGGAGCUUUUAUUCAAGACAAGGAUCAAUCAAGAGUGUUGGCGCAAAAAAUGGUGACCAUUGGAAAAGGUCUCGGUGUAAAAACAUCAGCCCUGUUGACGGAUAUGAACAACCCGAUAGGCAAAAAGAUCGGGAAUGCCCUGGAAGUGGCGGAGUCCAUUGAUUGUCUCCAUGGAAACGGACCACGUGAUCUUGAGGAUCUGGUCCUUAAAUUGGGUGGACAGCUGUUGUUCCUCAGCGGUAAUGCCCCGUCAGCCGAGGCAGGCGAGGUGAAACUCAAGGAAACACUAAACAACGGAUCAGCGGCCAAAAAGUUUGAGGACAUGAUCAUCGCACAAGGAGCUGACCCCGAGAAAGCCAAAGUAUUGUGUGAUAAGAAUGCUGACGUAUGGAGUGUGCUCCCAAAAGCAAAGUUCAUGACCCCGGUCAAAAGCCAAAAGACAGGUUUCGUCACUGCUAUACAAUCACGCGCAUGCGCCGAGUGUUCAUUAAAACUGGGAGCUGGUCGUCAAGCAUUUACAGAUCCGAUUAAUUAUGCAGUUGGGCUAGAAGUUUGUGUUGAUAUUGGAGAUGAAAUCAAGGAAGGUGACCCUUGGAUCAAAGUUCACCAUGAUUGUGACGUCAUUCCUGAUGUUAUAAAAAGCAAAUUGAUGGAAUCCAUUGACAUACAACCCACUAGACCAAACAAUAUCUUGUCCACCAGGGUGUCCGAAGUCAUUUCCUAGGAUAAGUAUGCCAUAUGAGGAAAAUAUGGCACAGUUUUGUUCAUUAGUAUGGUGCAAAAUAUUUGAAAGAAAAGUAAAACCUCAUAGGCAGCACUAAUUUUUUAACAAAAAUUCAACUUGUAUUUUCUUGCAUUUAUCCAAAUACCAAAAAUAUAAAUGUUUAUUUUUUCGGGUUGGAAUUUGUAAAAAUUGUUCUUUUUAUAUAUAACAGAUACAUUGUUUAAACGCAAUUCAACACUUAUGUAGUUUUGUCAUCAGAUUUAAAAGAAAAAUACACAAAGUUUUUAAGGAGUCCUCCUGUUCACUGUUAUUUUAAUAACACUUGUGUUUUUAAAUUCAUUUGUUUUUUGAAAUAUUUUGAUCGUAUUAUGUUAAUUAAUACACUAUUUUUCAUCAACAACGUAAGUGUUGUUUUAUAAAGUUUGUCUUAUUCAGUAAACGAUUGUCAUCUCAACGCAAACAUAUCAAUUGUUAUGGAGUGAUAUCAUUUGUUUUUGUUGUAUUAGUUCCAAUAAUACUAGUGAUUAGUUAAGCUAGGAACGUGUUCAUGAUGAGAUACAGCUUAUCUUUUUAAUUCAGGGAAGUGUUGUUUAUUAAAUCAAUAGUGUUUUUGAUUACUCUACAUUGUAUCUUUAGUGUUCAAAUUGAAAAGUCUAGUCACCUAGGGUGAAUCCAUUGCAUAUCAAUUAAAUAUUUACUAUAAAUUGAUAUCAAUGCCUUAAUUUGUUCAGCUCAAAUUUUAAUUGAACUAGUACAAUUGUUAUACGCUUAAAUCACCAAAGUUUGGUGAAUGAAAUAACCAUAUUGUUAUUUAGAAAUAUUGUCCAUUCACUGUGAGUUGCUGUUGCAUUUUGUCCAGAACUGAAUUUAUUUAGUCUAUCUUUUAUUUAGUGUAUUACUUAUAUCUGUUUAUCAUAAAAUUGUUAAGUACCGUGUUCAAAAUAAAACGCCGGUAUGAAAAAACGAUAUGCCAUUUUAUACUAAAGUAAAGAAAUGGGUAGUUUGUUUUUUUUUGUUUUCAACGUUAUUGCCAUUAAUUCUGUUAACUUUUCAAAUUGCUAUUUUUUUCCAUUGAACAAUAUUGAUAAUUCCAAACCAUAUUUUGUAUAAACCAUCCUUGAUAAAGAAGUUUAAAUUUGUUUGAUUGAAGGCCUAAAGUCCUAUUCUAGAGAAGGAAUUAAAAUAGUUAUCCAUGUCACACCUCACAGCCUUAUUAGCAUAAUCGGAACCUUUCUGGUUUUUAUAUUCACGAAAGAAUGAAAAAACCCGAGAAAGUCAAAACUUCGUAUAUCUCGGGAUUUUAACGUGACCAGUCUCAUACUUCGUGAAAAUCGAGAGAGGAGUUUAAAUGGAAAAAGUAAGUAAAAGUUUUUGUUUCUUAUAUUGGCAAGCUUUUAAAUUAUUUAAAGUUGCAGAACAAUUUUUUAUUAAUGUGAAGUCGAAGUUUGGGUGAUUAGCCUUAUCUCGUUAAAUUUUGUUCAGCAUGAAACAGUCUGAACAGCAAUCCUCGAUUUUGUCAACAAUCUAAAACGUGCUAAGGAGUAGUCAUUCGUCGAUUAACCUGCGGCUUCCAGAUGAUCUGAAGAUCGGGAAUAUAGAAAAUAUUGUCAAUUUGAUAUUGCUAAUGACCCAGUCAAGUCUGCUGAAGCCCAGAAGUUUCCAGACCAUGACAUUAAUAAAUACUUCUUCAAUGGAAUGCAUGAGGAUUAGAAUGGAACCUUAUUCUGCCUUUUUAUGGAGCCAACCACAGAGGAAUUUGUUCUAUACACAUCAUUUAUAACAUUCUUAUUUAUGUUGCAUAACUUUAAAUGUUACUGGAUGAAUUGUGGUCACAUGAUGAAUACCAGCAAACUUUUUAUCGAGUGCACUUAAUUUGUAUUUUUCCUACCCAUCCAUCUAACAUAUGUUUUUAUAUAACAUAUUCAUAAUUAUACAUGUAACAUUUUUGGAAACAGCUAUUUUUUUAGCCUUUCUAUUUUAUACAAUUUUUUUGUAAAGGGACUUGGACACGAUUUUAGAUCAAAAUUUUGUUUUCAGUUUCUUUAUGCAUAAAAUGAUUUACUUGCACAUUUUGAAUAAUUGACCAUAAUUUGAAUGUUAGAAGUCAAGUUAUAAGAGAGAUACAGGGGUAAGAAUUUAUUGUUAUGUAAACAAAGCUCGAGUCUUAUGUUUGUUUACAAAUAAUAUAAAGUAUGAAAUUACCAUACUGAUUCGAUGUGAUCAUAAAUGAUAUUAAAUGAUAUUAUUAAUAGAAAAAAGCAACAUUUGAAUGAAACUUACACCAAUAAAACGCAUAUGUAAAUAAUAACAAGACUCGCGCUUUGUUUUUAAAACAAAGAAUAUUUAAUUCAUUAUCUUUCAUUUAACUCAGUAUUUGACUUUCAAAAUUAGUAUUAUGAUUUUUUAAGAAUGAUAUAUGAAAUUUGAUUAAUUUAUUUUUCAUUUUAAGAAAAUUCAUUUUAAAAAAGAUCUCUUACAACCUGUGUAUUUUUUUUUUCAGUUUACAAAACAGUGUAUUAAUUAAAUGUAGUUGUGUAGAUUUAUACAUGUACCUACAAGCAAUAUACAUUUAAUAUUCACCAGGUACAUGUACCAGCCUACUUUAUUUGAUAAAUAAAUGUACUUCUUUCAUGCCUUUUUCAUGCCUUUUACUCAUUGCCAUAUGUAUUAUUUGUAAUUAAAAUACUUUGAAAACUU